AUGGCGGGAACUAUACACGAGGGCGCUGAAUUCGGAGUCGGGGAUUUUGUCUUACUUACUAACCUGGAUAUAAAUAGUUUCAUGGGGAAUUUGAAACUAAGAUUCCAGAAAGGAAAAAUCUACACGUACAUCGGGGAGGUGGUGGUGUCGGUAAAUCCCUAUCGUCCGCUGCCCAUCUUCGACAAAUCUUACGUGGACAUGUACAGGGGCAGGGAGAUCUACGAACGACCCCCCCACAUUUUUGCCGUCGCAGAUGCCGCCUACAAGGCCAUGAAAAGAAGAAAUAAAAAUACCUGUAUUGUAAUCUCGGGGUCAAAAAUAUCCUACUGCAAUCAAACUGUAUUCUGGAGGCCUUCGGGAACGCUAAAACGAACCGGAACGAUAAUUCAUCCAGGCAAAUUUGGAAAAUACAUGGAUAUCAAUUUUGAUUUCAAAGGCGACCCAAUAGGCGGUCACAUCAAUAACUACCUAUUGGAAAAGUUACUAUCUGGUUGCUCAUCCUUGUCGCCUGAGUAUGAGUUGGAUUCAAAUCCCCGUAAUUAUUACUACUUGUCUCAAGGCGAUAGUUCUCAAGUAAGUUCGUUGAACGAUUCGGCUGAUUUCAAAGCUGUGAACGAGGCAAUGAAGGUCAUUGGGUUUUAUGACCAUUCGAAGACUUUCUGGAGUAUUGUAGCUGCUAUCAUUCACUUGGGCGAAGUAAAUUUCACGGAAGUCGGCGAUGAUGCGCGGAUACAAAAUCGCAACUUAGUGACCACGGUAAGCCAGCUACUGAGUGUGGAGCCCAGCGAAACGGAAAAAGCUCUGUGCAAGAGGGUUGUGGCCACAAAGGGCGAAGUCGUCGAAAAGGGGCACACCACCGACCAGGCCAAAUUUGGCAGGGAUGCUUUUGCUAAGGCCAUUUACGACAGAAUGUUUACGGAGAUAGUGAAGUGCAUAAACAAAGCGAUUGACUUGGACAACAACAACAACAACAACAGAAACAUGCAGAGCACCGUCAUAGGUGUCUUAGACAUCUAUGGGUUUGAAAUCUUCGACAAUAACAGUUUCGAACAGUUCUGCAUCAACUACUGCAACGAGAAGCUCCAACAGCUUUUCAUUGAGUUGGUGGACUACUUCAACAACAAAAUUAUAUGCGAUCUAGUUGAAGCUCAACACGUUGGCAUAUUGGCCAUCUUGGAUGACGCCUGUCACACAGCCGGAAACACCACGGACAAGCAAUUCUUAGACGCUCUGUGCAAAAAAAUGAAAGAUCAUAAACACUUUACCAGUAAAUCUGAACCGUAUUACGUGCGAUGUAUAAAGCCAAACGAAGACAAAUCGCCAAAUAAUUUUAACGACCAAAGAUGUCAGCACCAAGUUCUCUAUCUAGGUCUGCUAGAGAACGUCAGAGUGAGAAGAGCCGGGUUUGCAUUUAGAAUGCCGUACGAUCGAUUCCUAGAUAGGUCGACCUGGCCCAAUUACCGAGGCGGCCAACCGCGUGAUGGAGUCAGGAAAAUAAUUGAGGAGAUGGGCUGCAGUAGUGAUGUGCAGUUCGGUAAUACGAAGGUUUUCAUUCGUACGCCUCAAACGGUUUUCAAGUUGGAGAGUGCCAGAGGGGAUAAGAUCAGCUCUGUGGUCUGUGUCAUGUUGCAGAAGGUCGGGUUUUUUUACAGAGGGGUCAAGCAGUCUCCGAAUUUCGGGAAGAAGGUCAAGUGGCCGCAACACCCGCCACAGCUUCAAAAAGUGGCCGCUACAUUGCAGGCUGCCCAUCGCAGAUGGCGCGCCUUCAAAAUCCUUGAGCCAAUAGCAGCGAGCGAGAGGCCUAUAUUUAGAAUCAAAUUGUUGGCUGGGGAAACCCUGGUAGGCAGACGUAAACGCUGGGGAUUCGAAAGGCAGUGGACCGCCAACUACUUAACUAACCCUUUGUGGAAUGGGAACGCUCAAAACGCCGAAGAAGUUUUAAAGUUUUUGAAAGACAAAGACCAGUUCCAGAAAAUUAUCUUUGCGUCUCUCGUUAAAAAAACAAAUCGUUUUUGUAAGUCGACAGUUCGAGGCUUAGUUAUAACGGAGAAGUUUGUCUACAAACUCGAUCCGAAGAAAAAGUACAAAGACAUGAGGCCAGAAAAACCUAUUGAAACAUCUCAAAUUACAAGACUGACCGUCACUCCCGGGCCGGAUUACCUGCUCUGCCUACACCUGAACGAUCUCAAUGACGUUGUCGUCUGCCUCACUGACGUCACAGUUUUUCCGGAUCAGACGAAAGUUAGUGAGGAAAUGGAGAAGCUGAAGAAGCUGCAGUCCAGGGAUCUGGUUGGGGAGGUGGUCGGUCGAAUGAUGGAUCAUUGGAUUAGAGCGUACAAAAAGCGCAUAGAUGUAGCCAUACAGACGACAUUUGAAUGCAAUUUCAAAGGGAAACCACGUUUCAUAUCGGCGGGGACUGCCACAGGGGGCCCGAAUCUGGCCAGCCCUGUCUUCCAGAAAGACAAAAAUAACAAUGGGAUAUGUCUUAAGUGGCCUGACUCUAGAAUGUUCACUGAGACGAAUAACUCGUCGUAGCGAGUAGCGAUGAUGAUGACGACGAUGACGAUGAUGAUGAUGACUGAUGUUUUUUUCAUCUUGUUUUCGAGAAAACCAUUUUUGAUUUCAACGAAUUUAGUUCUCUUUUUAAAAUAUCCGCAAGCCUCUUAUUUUAAAUUAUAACAACGAUAAUAAUAAUGAUAAUUGUAAACAAUAAUAAUAAUUAUAGUUAUAUUUAAUAAUUAUAGUUAUUAUUAAUAAUUAUAGUUAUAAUUAAUAAUAAUAUUGUUAUUUUAUAUCAUUCAUAAUUUUUCAUCGUAAAUUUUGAUGUAUUACACCAGUUAAUUUCGCUUCUUACAUUUUAAUAAAAAUUGACCAAAAAACAUG